AUGACCGACAUCGACUUGUCUAGACGGAACAAGAAGCCCAGGUUAUUGCACGAGAAUGAAAGGGCGCGACUCGAGGAGUUCAUUGACUCUAUCGGUUACUCGGCAAGAUACUCUGACUCGGAUUAUGAGUACCGACAUGUCCAACUCCCCAAGGCCAUGUUGAAGGUCAUUCCGCGAGAUUAUUUUGACGACUCAAAGGGCACAUUGAAACUCUUAUGGGAAGAGGAGUGGAGAGGGUUAGGCAUCACUCAGAGCUUGGGAUGGGAACAUUAUGAGGUCCAUGAACCGGAACCACAUAUCCUACUGUUCAAACGCCCCAUCGGUUAUCAGCCCCCGACUCAAUGA